AUGGACUCCACCGGUAGCAACCAGGUCGCCGGCAGACGCAGCAGCAGCACCAUCGCGUCAAGGGCUGCCACGGCCCCGCCUUUGCUGACCAUGCCGGGCGGCGAACUCGCUGACGCCAUCAUGGGCGGCGGCGGCGGCGGCGGCGGAGGGGGUGGAGGAGCAACGGACGUGGACCCCCGGGCCGCCCUCCUCCGUCUGGCUGCCCUCGGGGACCGCAUGGCCGCCGUCCGGGGCCGUAUCUCCGCCUCCAUCUCGGGCGAGGCCCGGCCCCUCUCCUACGCCGACAUCCAAUCCGUCUCCUCCGAGAUCUCCACCGCCGCCCAACUCGUCGUCCUCAACGCCGCCGAGCUCCUCGCUUCCUCCGUCCCCUUCCCCGCCCCACCUCCUCCCUCCGCCGCUCCUUCUCCCGCAGCUCCCGUCCGAGAGAUCCCCGCUGUGGCCGCCGCCUCCGCCCAAGAGCAGCAACCCCUACUAGAGGCCGCCAAGGGCGACGGCGGCGGCUACGAGGUCGUGGAGCUCGACGCCGCCGAGCUGCUAGCGGAGCACGUCCACUUCUGCGAGAUCUGCGGCAAGGGCUUCCGCCGCGACGCCAACCUCAGGAUGCACAUGCGCGCCCACGGCGACCGCUUCAAGACCCUCGACGCGCUCUCCCGCCCUGCCCACGGCCAGGGCCAGCCGCCCAAGCCGCCCGCUGGCGGCAACGUGCGCUUCUCCUGCCCCUUCGAGGGCUGCAACAGGAACCGCGCGCACCGCCGCUUCCGCCCGCUCAAGUCGGCGGUGUGCGCGCGGAACCACUUCCGGCGCAGCCACUGCCCCAAGCUCUACGCCUGCGAGCGCUGUGGCGGCAAGAAGCGCUUCGCUGUCCUGGCCGACCUCCGCAGCCACCUCCGCCACUGCGGGGAGGAGUCACAGUGGCGCUGCUCCUGCGGCACCACCUUCUCCCGCAAGGACAAGCUCUUCGGUCAUCUCGCGCUCUUUGAAGGCCACACGCCGGCAAUCACUAAGCCAAACAAGGAUGUGGUGACAGGACCUACAGAGUCCACCAUUGAUGCUAUGGAGGAAGGGGGAUUUGAAGAAGGCAAUCAUGACCGGGAGGAGGAUGAGGAGGGUGGUUAUGAUCCAGAGUUCUUCAAGGAGUGGAUGGAAGAGCUUGGAGGUGGUGCUGGUGGCUCCAACUGGCCUGGACCAGCGGCAGCCGGACAAUAG